AUGGCGUCUACCACCGCAGACGAAAAACUAACCACCGCUCUCCGUGACCUGAUCUCGGCCAACCACAUUCUGCACCACCACUCCGUCGUCGACGCCUACGGGCACGUCUCGAUCCGCCACCCGACGGACCCCUCCAUCUACAUCAUGUGCGGCUACAUGGCACCUGCAAUGGUGUCGGGACCGGCGGACCUCAUCCAGUACCGAGUCUCGGAUUCGGGCCCCGCCGACCCGAACGCGCCCAAGGGGUACUCGGAGCGCUUCAUCCACGGCGAACUCUUCAAGCGCUUCCCCGCCGUCAACUGCGUCAUCCACAGCCACGCCGAGGAAGUGCUGCCCUACGUGGUGACCGGCGUCAAGCUACGCGCCGUUUACCAUAUGUCGGGCUUUUUGGGGUCCGACGGCGUCAAGGUUUUUGAUAUAGAUCCGCUGUACGAAACGGGCGAUCAGCGCGAUAUGCUCGUGAACAAUCCCCGCUUUGGAGCUGCGCUGGCGGAGAAAUUCGCAUCAGGCCCCAACAGCAAGGAGGGACCUGAUGAAUCGGUCGUCCUCAUGCGGAGGCAUGGGUUCACUUGCGUCGCGGACAAUAUUGUCACGGCAGUCUAUCGAGCGAUUUACACGAGGAUCAAUGCCGAGGCGCAGACAAAGGCCAUGGCCAUUGCGAAGCAUGUUCCGCUAAAGCGUGAUGGUGCUGAGGCCGAAGAUGUGGAGUUCGCGUUCCAGGCCCUCACUAAGGAGCAGCACAAGGGGUGUAGUAUCAUGUGUGAAACGUUUCAGGAAAAGCCGUGGAGGUUGUGGGUGAGGGAAGUCGAAAGGUUGCCAUUGUACGAGAAUGAGUUGAGUCAAAAGAAGAGCUUCGCUUGA